AUGACCAACAUGAACUUCGGCAAAUUCACGGACGUCGCCAAGCAACUCUCCGGUCAAAAGGACGCCUCCAAGGACAACCAGAAGGAGGGGGCCUCGUCCCAGACUUCUGACCAACAGGGAUGGGACAAGGUCGGCGAUGACGCCAAGAAGGCCUUCGCCAACUACCAGGCCGGCCAGGCCCAGGGCAAGGACCCCAACUACACGGAGAUCGGGGGCGUCGCACAGGCGGCGUUCUCGGCGUACAACCGCGGCAGCGGUGCUGAGGGAGCCGUCGGCGACGGGCAGGACAAGGAGGACAUCGGGAAGAAGGUUGUUGCCGGCCUCGACUCCGCCACCGGGACCGGCGAGGAGGGCCUGAAGACGGACGACGAGGUCAAGCUCUCGCAGGGCGAGGAGGGCACCCAGACGCUCGAGAAGCUACAGGGUUUGGGAGGGGAGGCGGAGACGGAGGGCGAGGGCGGGUUGUACGGGGAGAGCAAGCGGACGACGAGGAGUCAGGGGCUGAAGGGGGAGACGACUUUUUCGGCGGGGUAUCCUGAGUUGCAAACGUCUGCCGAUGUGCAGAGUUCAGCAGAGAUCAAGAGGCGGCUUAGGGAGGCGAGAGAGCGAGACAGCAAAAUCGACUCUACCGGUGAGACGCAGAAGGACACCGAUUGCCUCGGUAAGCCCUCGGACUGUUCUUCGGGUUGCGACAAGACGAACAGCCGGGAGGAGUGA